AUGGCGACCCAAUCUCUUACACGUAGAUGUGCUGGACUUACCUCUACAAUUCCCACAUCGGCAGUUCAAGGAUUUAUAAAGACCGCCACAACAACCCGGUCAUUCCACCAAAACACCCCGCGUCCAGUCUUCGAUUUUCUUGUUCCACGUUUGGGUACUCCCUUGCAGUCGGCAUAUUCUCUCAAACAGAAUGGGAUACUAAGGAAUCCCGUGAGAUGCUUCUCGACUACUAGGACACGAAAAGCUACCAUCACUACAUUCAAUCCACAAAAGAAUGAUGAUGGUACAGAGCAGAAGAUUGAAAUCACACCGCGUGCUGCAGAUCGUUUGCAACAACUUCGCAAGAAAGAAAACAAUCCAAAUCUUGCUCUUCGAGUCGAAGUCCAGUCAGGCGGUUGCCAUGGGUUCCAAUAUGUGAUGUCUCUGUGCGACCUUCCCGCCAAUAUAUCCCGAGAUCUCUUCUCAAAGGAUGCUGUCCAAGAAGAAUCUUCGCCUGCUCUGAAUACUUCAUCUGCAGAUCCAAAUGCUAUGCCUACGUCAUCUACUCCCUCGAAAUCAAAUAAUCCGACCACGUUGGAUCUUCGCGAAGAUGAUACAGUAUUCAGCUAUAUCAGUGACCAAUCCCACGCUAGUGUAGUCAUGGACGUGUUCAGUCUCGAUGCCUUGAAGGGUAGCAGAAUAGAUUACGAAGUCAAGUUGAUCGGUUCCGAGUUCAAGAUUGUUGACAACCCGGCCGCGACUAGCAGUUGUGGUUGCGGAACAAGCUUCGACAUCAAGUUUUGA